AUGAAUAUCGCCAAGGGAGCCAUCUUCCUCCUCCUGCUUGUGCUUGGCAUGGUGGGGAACCUCACCGUCUUUGUGAAUUACGCCUGGGCUUUCCUUCUGGAUGCGGAGAAGAAAGCUGUGCAUGUCAUCCUCGUCCAGCUGACUUUCACAAACAUCAUACUGAUUUUCACCAAAGCAAUGUCACAGGUACUGGUAGCUUUCGGUGUGGAAAACUUCCUCCAUGACGUGGGCUGUAAGAUAGUCAUUUACCUCCGCAGGGUGGCUCGGAGCCUGUCCAUGUGCUCCUACAGCCUCCUCACGGUAGUCCAGGCCCUCACCAUCAGCCCCAGGGACUCCGUGUGGGGGCGGCACCAGCCAAAGGCAGCUCGGCACAUCCUUCCCUGCCUGCUCCUCUUCUCGGUGUUUUGCUCCUUGGUAAACAUGCACGUACUGUACACCAUCACGAACACAAGCAAGAAUGGGUCACGUGAGAUUCAUGGUAAUCACUACUGCCGUUUUCUGCCACAAAGCCAGGUAACACAAUGGGUGAUUGUCAUUGUCAUGGCCCUGCAUGAUGUCCUGUUUCUGGGAUUCACGGGCGUGGCCAGUGGCUACAUGGUGUUCCUUCUCCACAAGCACCACAAGCACGCGCUCUACCUGCAGAGCACCAAGCGCGUCUACACCACGCCCCCUGAGAUCAAACAACAGGAGCAAGUGAAGCACGCCCGUCCAUGCCUGACAGAGCCUGCCUCAGCCGAGGCGAAGGACGAGAACCCUUCCCCAUGGACACCGCAGUGGCAGAGCCACUCCACCUGUGCCACUCCACUGGCCACCGUGCUGCGAGCUGCUGGGGGAGCCAAGGAGGCACUAAGAAAGCAAGGAAGUGGCUUUGGUCCACGACGCAGGGCUGAUGCUGUGGGCCCCGACCGUUGA